AUGGAGGCCUCCACCACUAGCUUCUUUUCCUCGCCACUGCAGGCUGCCGCGGCCGCGCCGACCGGCGGCGACGCCGUCAGCCUUGACCGCCUAAGCACCAACCUCGAGCGUCUCCUAGACCCUUCGUUCCCCAACCGCGCCGACACCGAGAUCGUUCUCGCCUCCGGAGGCUCGGGCGGCGAACCCGGCGCCGCCGCCAUCGUCGGCGCGCACAGCUGCAUCCUCGCCGCCAGGAGCUCCUUCUUCCUUCAGUAUUUCUCCUCCAUCCCCGCCGGUGAGAAGGCUCGGCUGAACCUCGCCGACAUGGUCCCCGGCGGCCGCCACAUCGGCCGGGACGCCCUCGUGGCUGUUCUUGGCUACCUGUACACUGGGCGCCUCAAGGUGCCGCCUGAUCAGAAGUGUGUGGACGACACGUGCAGACACGAGGCGUGCCGGCCGGCCAUAGACUUCGUCGUCGAGUCCACGUACGCCGCCUCUGGCUUCGAGAUCCCGGCGCUCGUCUCGCUCCUCCAGGGAAUCAACCCUUUCCUCCAGAAUCCUGUAGCCAGAUGCUCAUUUCACAGGAAAACAAAAAUCCACUGCUACCUCUGGUUUUGUCUCCGCCGUGGAAGUCCGAGGCAGCGGCCAACAACGUUGGAUGCUGAUUGGCUUUGCUUGGCACACUUUGGCAAGACUGAUUGA